GAGAGGAUCUACAAUAGGGUUGGCGAAUGGGUUUGAGCCGUCUGCUGAUGUUCUUUUGUUUAUGCUCCCAAACAAGAGUUUGUCGCGCUUAUGACGGUGUUCGUAAACAUGGCGUCGCUCAAGUCGCUUACGGACGAGGAACUGAGGAAGAAACUAAAGGAAUAUGGUAUCACAACACCUGUCACGGCGAGCACGAGGAACAUCCUGAUCAAGAAGCUCAACCACGCGUUGGCGAGCCACAAGAGGAACUCGACAGCCAACGCGAAGUCCACCAGGACCCCAAACAGUAGCAGACUCAACACCUUCAGUUCCGACGAGGACGACGAGAACGACUCGUCGGGGGAGCGCCAAGGCAGUGGCAGGUCGUCCAGGUCGUCCCGCUCGUCCAGGUCGCGGCGGAGCUCAAGGAGCACGGCGGAGACGUCACUCAACCACAGGGCUUCGGCGGGGGCGUCCCGCGGGCGGCCCAAGGAAGGCGCCCACUACCCCGAGGAGGAGGACGAGGCCGAGGGGCGCGCGGGGCUCUUGUCGCGGUCCCUGGGCGACCCUGGCGGCGACCCCAGGGGCGACCCCAGGCGCUCCCCGAGGACGUCCGUGUGCAGGUACUUCCCGGUGUCGGCGCGGUCGGGCAUCAGUCCGAGGGCCAAGAUUCAUGAUGACUACGACACGGGGUCGGACUCGGAGGGCGCCGACGGGGCUGAGGCGCUGCCGCCGCGGCCGCCGUCGUCCCCGGCGUGGCGCGGCGGCCGCGACGAAGAUCUGCCCGAUGGCGCCUUCAAGGCCGCCUGCCAGAAUCACAGUGCGUCACCCACCAGGCCCUAUGUCCCCCCUGAGGGCGCCAGACAGAGGCGGGCCGGGCAGGGCUUCCUGGAGAACGGUGGGGGCUUCGACAACAGUGGAAAGUGUCGGGAUGGGAAUGGAACUGGGGGCCUUGGGGUUCGUGCUGAGGGGCCGGUAACACAGGUGACUUCGCCUGGCAACCACCACGAACAUACGCGAGUGGCCAACGGCAGACACCACAGUGAGCCAAGUGCGGAUCUGGACCCCACGCACUGUGAUGAAAGUACGUGGCAUUACUCCAUCCCAUUCUUAUUGUUGGUUCUUUUAGUCGUUUUCUUUGGCGUGGUGGGCAUGCUGUACGUCAACAUGCGUAUGCCCCUCCUGCCCACGCUGUGCUCUGUGCCUGCCAUGCUUCACCAAGCUAUGGCCAAUGUUCCUGUGCCUUUCUUCACCUUCAAUACGCCUGACAGACAAGCCCAGAGUUUACCGUCUGUGUCACUGCCAGCUGAAGAGUCAGCAUCUGCCAGAGAGACGCCUCCGCCAGUACCACGUGUUGCGGCACCAAGUACAGAUAAUAAGUUCCCCGUGUGCAGUCCUUCGUUAAAGAAUGACUGCCUGAGUAUGCAGGAGGUGUCGUCAGUGUGGCCUCUCCUGGGCCAAAUGGAAGAGGUACUGCUGCCCGCCUUGCACCGCCAUGCCCGCCUCUACAACUGUGGGAACUCUGCCUUCCGCUACCUGCCCCUGGCUGAUAUCCAGGAACUGUUAAAGAAAAGGGACACGGGAGAAAAGGAGCUCUUGGAGGGCAUCGAAGCAUUGGGCAAGUUGGCUGAGCUGAAUCGCAACUUGGGGCUGGAAUCAGUGCGCAGCCCAGACAAGACACUGCUCGGCCUCUCCCUGGCAACACAGCCCACCUUCAUCCUUUGUCAUAUCACUGCCGCCAUCUACUCAGUCUUCUAUUUAUUGAUAGCACUCAUCGUAG